GAGAAAGAGAGGGGGGCUGUGAAACCUGACGUGGAGAGCUGUUGUUGGUCCACGUGGCAUCCAUAUCUAAGCAAAACUCAACUCCUCUGAGAGAUUGAAGCAUCAGAAAAGAUGUCCAUCUCUUGCACCAGAAACUUCUUCGAGAGGUUCUGUGUCGAGGAUUACCCAAUGGACACAAUCAAACACAGCAGUUUCUUCUCUGCCGACCUUUUGCCAUCCCUUGGAGCCAGAAUCAACCAGUCAACCAAGCUCCGUAAACACAUAAUCUCUCCUUUUGACCCACGUUAUAGGGCGUGGGAGAUGUGGCUGGUCGUUCUAGUCAUUUACUCGGCAUGGAUCUGUCCAUUUGACUUUGCCUUCAUCACCUACAAAAAAGAUGCACUUUUCAUAAUCGACAACAUUGUCAAUGGCUUCUUUGCCAUUGACAUCAUUCUCACCUUCUUUGUCGCAUAUCUCGACAGCGACUCCUAUCUUCUAGUUGACAAUCCUAAGAAAAUAGCUAUAAGGUACCUGUCUACUUGGUUUGCCUUUGAUGUGUGUUCAACAGCACCGUUUCAGUCAUUGAGUCUGCUGUUCAACUACAAUGGAAGUGAACUAGGAUUCAGAGUUCUUAGCAUGCUCAGGCUCUGGCGUCUAAGACGAGUUAGCUCGCUGUUCGCAAGGCUUGAGAAAGAUAUCCGUUUCAACUAUUUCUGGACAAGAUGUACAAAACUCGUUUCAGUUACCCUGUUUGCAGUACAUUGUGCCGGAUGCUUCAACUACCUCAUUGCAGAUAGAUACCCUGAUCCAACGAAAACAUGGAUUGGGUCUGUAUAUCCAAAGUUCAAGGAGGCGAGUGUCUGGGAUAGAUAUGUGACUGCUCUUUACUGGUCAAUUACGACACUAACAACCACGGGGUAUGGAGACUUGCAUGCUAAUAAUCCGAGGGAAAUGCUGUUUGACAUCUUUUACAUGCUGUUCAACUUGGGUUUGACCUCUUACCUGAUUGGGAAUAUGACCAACCUCGUGGUUCACUGGACUAGCCGCACCAGAAGUUUUAGGGAGACAGUCAGAGCCGCUUCAGAAUUCACAUCACGAAACCAACUCCCACCUCACAUACAAGACCAGAUGUUAUCACACAUCUGCUUAAAGUUCAAAACAGAAGGUCUGAAACAACAGGAAACAUUGAAUGGUUUGCCGAAAGCCAUCCGUACAAGCAUUGCAAACUAUCUCUUUUUCCCCAUUGUUCAGAAUGUCUACCUUUUUCAAGGAGUUUCUCGUGACUUCCUCUUUCAACUGGUUUCAGAUGUAGAAGCCGAGUAUUUUCCACCCAAAGAAGAUGUAAUACUACAAAAUGAAGCUCCUACAGAACUUUACAUACUGGUCUCUGGGGCAGUGGAAUUCAUCUCCUACGUUGAUGGACAAGAUCAGGUUCAUGGGAAAGCAAUUGCUGGAGAUGCAUUUGGGGAGAUUGGAGUUUUAUGCUGCAGGCCACAACCUUUCACAGUUAGAACAACUGAACUUUGUCAAAUACUACGGGUGAGCAGAACAUCUCUGAUGAACACCACGCAAGCACAUAUUGAAGAUGGGCGUGCUAUAAUGAACAAUCUCUGCAUGAAACUUAGAGGGCAACAGUCAAUAACAAUUGAUGACACGACCAAUGAUCCAGGCUCCUUCUUACGGGACUGGUUGGAUGGAGUUCCAAAGAGAGUAGAAGAGUUGGACGGAGUUCCAAAAAGAGGAGAAGGACAUGCCAACGGCCAAGAUUACCAACACAAAUGUUCGUCAGCGCAUGAUUCAGAAAAUACAAGGUUCCCAGGAAUGGGAUCAACAGAAGGAACCAAUUCAAGAAAAGGUGACUAUAGGGCCAGUUGCACAGAGGUACCAGAUUUUACACCGGGAAGUAGAGAAACAGCUCUUACAGCCGCAAUUCACAGGGGGAAUAUUGAAAUGGUACAGAAGCUACUUGAACGAGGGGUUAGCAUAGACAAACCAGAUUCUAGAGGCUGGACACCAAAGGCUCUUGCAAAGCAACAAGAAAACAAGAGCAUAUAUGACCUUUUACUGAACUAUGACAUAAGAAAAGCAGAAGAACAUAGGAUACAGAUAGCAGAACCCAGAAAACCCAAAAUGGUAGUGAAUGGAAAAAGAUACAGUGAAGAUUUGGAUCCUACCUCUUACAGAUUUCGUUCACAAAAGAUGGAUUCGUACUGCAGCUCCAGCUUCCCAAUCAAUGCCACUGUACAACCAGCUGCAAAGCCAAACAAUAGGAGGGUUAUUAUCCACAUGCAGCCGCAGGCCAAAAAUUUAUCACAGAGACAGAGCGGAAAGUUGAUACUUCUACCUGCUUCAGUGGCAGAACUGCUAAGAGUUGCUGGUGAAAAAUUUGAAGGCCAGAGCUUCACAAAGAUCACCAAUGCUGAAAACGCUGAAAUAGAUGAUAUGGAUGUCAUUCGAGAUGGUGAACAUUUGUUCUUACAUCAAAACGAAUUUGAAGGUACAGAUUGCAACUUGACUUGACCAGACAUAGUGAGUUCGUUGAUGAAGCAUGUACAUCUGUAGGGAAUGUGUUUGUCCUAUUUCACUGAAACCAGAGAAAAUUAUAUCAUCAAAA